UUUAUGGCAAUAGCACUUGUAGCCCACAGAAAGGGGUAGGAUUUAAACCAUUUACCUGUUGAGUUGAGCUCCAUUUGUUUUCCUGGCAAUUAAGAUACUAGACAGGAUGUUGCUUUCCACUUUUCCAGGCCCGUCUUCAUAAUACAAUAUUACUAUUCAAGUUUGUUCAAUUAAACGCAGUAUACUUCUAAUUUUCUGCAGUUGCUCAAAUAUUAUAUUUCCCCCCUUUUUGUGCAUUAACAGCUGGUAUGGUGAGGCUGCAAUUGUCCCCCCCCCCAAAUAUGGAAUGUAUUUUAUCUCCUGUUAUGGCUGCUAGAAGACAUACUUUAGAAUAUGACAGCUCUAUAAUACUUGAUGGAUGUUUUCUAUUUCAGAAUCCAACAGUUUCAGUGAACUUUAUAGGGCAUACACCAGAUCUCUUUCAGUCCUCUAGUUUUGGAAUUUUGAUUUGGAAGUCUGCUUAUAUUAGCCUAUGUGUUUCUCUAUUUAGAACUACUUUCAGUAUGAAAGACUUUUAAUGCUACUCGUAAGUGGCAUAAAUUGACUAAAACACUUCUAAAUGGGGGAGAUUUGAAUGAGUUUAAAUGUGUGCUUAAUUUUUUUCUGUGCAAUCAACAUGGCUUAAACUUUAUUCAUAGUGGCUGACUGGUGCUCAGUGUACUCUGUUCCAAAUAACAUGCAGUCACAAUCAAUUUGUGUUUGGUUUGAGUCUCGAGUAAUGGUGCAUCCGAAGGAAUGUUUUUCCAGCAUGUACAGCAUGUAAGAGGAAAAAACCUGAGGUCUGCAAGAAGACUUGACUGAUUAUUGAUUUAUUAUUUAAUUUACAGGGGAUGGAGAGGAAGACUGUUCAAUAUGUAGAGUCCCCCCCCCCUCCAACCCCCCCCCCCCGCAAGGACUCUUGAAUUUCAGAGUCUUCCUUCUAGCAUUGCUCUACAACCAGCUCUUCUUAAGGAUUAAUACAGGGUUGCGACCCUUCAGAAGGUGUUGAACUGCUAUUCCCAUUGUCCUUCACUAUUAGCCAUGCUGGCAAGGUCUGAUGUGGUUUGAUAUUUAACUAUUUUUAGAGGACCACAAGUUCCCUGAUCUGGACAUAACAGGUAUGUCUAUACUAGAGGGGGAGAAAUCCAUUACAUUAGCUAGUAGAACAUUCUCAAACCUCUAGAGAAUCUUUUCACUAUGCCCUUGAUUGCUUCAGAAAUCCUGCCCUUCUGCCACAGAAUGUCUUACUGUUACAGAGGUUUAUUGACUAACAAUCUCAGUUUUGUUUGUCAUCCUCAUAUAGCUAAAAUGGUGUGAUACUGACUGGUGAAUGGGGAAAGGGGAAAGAGUCUGGGAAAAGGGACAGAGAAGAGGCAGAAGUACUCAACAACCGGUUACAAGUCAUGCUUGUCAUCUAAGAUGCACAUUCCAAAGACAACCGAAUUCUGUCUAGGAUUGUUGUACCUCGAUUUUCAAUGCCCUUAUGAUUGUUCAAAUCAAGAGAUUACAUCCAAACCUUCUGUAUACGAGACAGGAAAUAAAGGUUUAUUUUCUUGGCACCCUGUCUUCAUGUCAAUAGCAUUCUGUCUCUGCCUGACUGAAGCCAUCCUGAUCUUUUCACCAGACAGCUCAUUCUUCUUCUGUCCUUCCUCUCACAAAGUGAAAAUGCUACUGCACUGGACUUCACAGAUACUGGCACUUGUAGCUACCAUACUGGGCUUAAUCUUCAUUGUAUCCAGCAAGAACCGUAGUGAGCUCCCACACUUUGUCUCCUGGCAUAGUAUAGUGGGUCUCCUGACCUUUGUAUUUGCUUGUGGGCAGGUCCUGUGUGGACUUUGCCUGUGUUUUCCACAGCUGCUGAAGAUCUCAUCUAUGGCUUGGCUCCAGCGGUACCACACUAUGCAUGGAUUGAUAGUUUACCUGCUUGCCACAUUCACUGUGGUACUAGCCAUCUGCUCUGACUGGUUUCAAGCUCAGAUUAAAGGGCUGGUUUGGUAUGUCUGCAUUGGGCUGCCCUUCUGUCCAGCCUUGGUGAUCAUGAGCCAGGUUGCUAGAACUCAUUUGCCAAAGAAAAGACAAUAUGUCUAAAUCUCAGGAGGACUCUUGGGAAGCAAGAUUUCAUCCACUCCCCCCCCCUUACCCCCCUUUAUUCUGAUGUUUUUAUUUUGUGGAAAUAUGGA